UCCGACGGCGGUGAUCAAAUUAACGAGAAAGCCGUCAAAACUCAAACCGUGUCCUCUCAAAACCCCCAUUUUCGGCCACUUCUCUGAGACAGACGCGAAGGAUUCGAUUACUACUCUUCUCGGGAAGUAGGAGCGAAGAGCCUCGCCGGAAAAGGAACAAUCUUUCAAGUGGGAAAGCCGAUGAUAUUGAUGAUGAUGUCGUCGCUGUCUUCUCCAUCUUCGUGGUCGGUAUCUCCGUUCUUCAAAUCCAAGCCCUUCACCGGCGAUUACAGACCUAUAACCCCGGCGGGAGUUCCUUUCUGCCGAGGCGUCAGGGCUUCUUCCGAUGUCCCCGAUUUCCUCUCCGCCGAUUGGCUUGAAUCACGACGGAAGAAACCAGAUGGGCCAAAACUAAAUUUUAGUGCUGAAGAAGCUGUUGAGUACCAGCUUGAUGCAUUGAAGCACAAUGACCAACCUCACCAUGAUUAUGGAAUUGAAGUUAUGUACAGGUUUGCUGGAUUCGAUCCUUUUGAGAGAUCGACCUAUUUCGGACCCUUCUUCGAUCUCGGGCAGUUUGAAAGGUUUCGACGGAUUUUCCACCACUCGACGUACAGAGUAUUGCUUGGUCAUAAGGAGAGGAAGGUAUUGAGCUGCCUGUUAGUGGAAGAGAAUCGGUUUAAGCAACGGGUAUGGGUGAGAGGCAAUCGUCCAGAGGAGGAAGAGAUAUUCCAGUUCACCAUGGUUCAGAGAGUUGGUGGUUCUUGGGAUGGGUAUUGGCUGACAGAGUCUCUCCUUAAUGAUGGAGAUGCUUUUUCUGGUGGAUUGGCAUAUUGAACCAGAAGAAACAAAGGGGCCCUUGAUCAUGUUUGAAACAGUGAAACUACUAUAAGCACCAAUCGAAUUCGUGUACAUGUUAUGGCAAUGCCGCAUAGUUAUAUUCAUCGUUACAAAAAUACAUCAGUGUAAAUUGUGGCUGUACAUAUCCGAGUUCUGUAAUAUACAAGAUCAGUAAAUUUCUUUAGUACAUCUGCUUGUAUAACAGUACAAGGCUUCAGUGUCUGCAUUUGCUUAAGAAAUUGACAAGUAAAAGUGUGUUCCAAAUGAUUUAACUGUGAUCCAAACAAGCAAAAUACCACAAUCCUGAAAGCAGUACGGUUGAAUAGAAAAAUCUCUUUGAAUGACUAAAGUACCGAAAAUCGACAAUCAAAAUGAUCCACUUGAACGAUACAAAAAAUACAAAAUUUUCAAAAGGGCUUCUUCUAGCACUAUAAUGACUCGAGUAACAGCUAAUAAUGAACCUUCAACAAUGGCAAACCGAUACCAGAACCCCUCAAUAACAAGAUACAAAACUCAAAAACUAAAAAUUUACUGCUGAGAGAUGCCAACUAGCUAUAAUCCCAUCAUCCAUGUCAUUUCUUUGUCUGAGUAACAAAUUUUUUCACAACAUAGCAGUCUGGUGGUGUAAUGUUUGUGUAGUAAUUCUGGAUGGUCUCCGUGAUCUCGAACCCAAACUUCUUGUAGAAGUUGAUAGCAUCUUCAUUGUUUGUCUGCACAUGCAAGUAUAUCUCUGGAACGUUCUGCUUCGAGCAGAGAUCAAGAACGUGAUUCAACAGUUUCGUCCCUGCAUAUAUAAGUUCAGAGAUUCAUUUAAAGAGAUGCAUAUAACAAGAUAUUGUUUUCUCUAUAGCUGACUAUAUAAGCAGCUAGUCACUACCAUUAACAGUAGAAGCAAUGCAGCCCAUAAUGGAAUAACAAAAGAAGCAAAACAGGCAAGCUGACUAAAUAGUACAAACAUCAAUUACAUGUUCUGGCAAAAAACUAAUUGGACGUUUGCUGACUCACCAAUGCCUAGCCCACGAUAUGGAGCUAACACGCCCAAGGUCAUAAUGUAAACACAGACAACCCCGCCUUCCUUCUUCUCUAGGCGACAUGCGAUGGCACCAACGCAGAUAUCACUGUAAUAUGCUGAAUAAGGAGAAGAUACCCCAGAAUCGCGUUAGUCAGCGGAUAAUGGAUUAAUGCAGGAGGAAACACUAUGUGACAUAAUACUCCAUUUUCACUGACUUCAACCCAGUGUAACAAAACAGGCAUCAUAAAUUAUAAUCAACCAAGUACUUCUUGAACCUAUACAAGCAGUAUGGUCUACUACGAGCUAAAACAACCAUCUCGCGAGCACACAGCGAAACCAUUAUUAAACUAAGGGGUUCAAAGAUAGGAAUGAAAACCAUAUAAGUUCCAGCAAGGGCUCAAAGUAAGCAUUUCACUCUCUCUAACUGCUUUUCAUCAGUACUAAGACUCGAGCAGGAGCAUUUAGAAAAUCGUAGUUUCAGAAGAUUGCCCAAGCAUAAGAGCUUUUGUUCUGUACAUUGCUAAUCCAUUUCGCACACAACAGCCGCGAAUACCAAAUGAACUAACAAUCAAUGAGCGAACCCACAAGCAGAAGCCAAAUCGCAAUAAAACAAACCCUACAUUCGCAGAAACAAUUUGGGGGAAAAAACGGUUCAAUACCGAGUUUGGUGAAGUCACCGGAAGCGAGAGCGUCGGAAUAGUACUUGUCAUUGUAACGGACGGGGAAAAGGACGGAGUUGAGCUUCUUGAGCUGCAUCACGUUCUUGUCCCGCACGCCAUCUAAGGAUAUCGACACUUCUCGACCCGCCCCCAUUUGGGAUUCUCUUCCAGCCGAAAUGGUAAAGGAGACGACGACUGCGGUGGCGGAGUAGAAGUCUCUGCUGGCGUAUGUUAUGUUGAGAUUUUGCCCCUGAUUUGGGUAAAACCGCGGCGGCUCUGCUUAGCUGCUGCUGGUCAGGAUCUGCGUAUUCGGGGUGAAAA